GCGCUGCCACGUGACUCCGCCUGCGGCCCGCGGAAGGGGCAGAGGGGACGCGCUUGGAUGAGGAGAGAAAGGGGGGCGGCGGGGCAAGAUGGCAGCGCACCUGUCCUACGGACGAGUGAACCUGAACGUGCUGCGCGAGGCGGUGCGUCGCGAGCUGCGCGAAUUCCUGGACAAGUGCGCGGGAAGCAAGGCAAUAGUUUGGGAUGAGUACCUCACAGGACCAUUUGGCCUGAUUGCACAGUAUUCCCUACUGAAGGAACAUGAAGUGGAAAAAAUGUUCACCCUUAAAGGAAGUCGUUUGCCUGCAGCCGAUGUCAAGAAUAUUAUUUUUUUUGUCAGACCCAGGCUAGAAUUGAUGGAUAUAAUUGCUGAAAAUGUGCUCAGUGAAGACAGACGUGGCCCAGCAAGAGAUUUCCACAUUUUGUUUGUGCCACGACGCAGCCUAUUGUGUGAACAGCGGCUGAAGGAUCUGGGUGUUUUGGGCUCCUUUAUUCACAGGGAGGAGUAUAGCUUGGAUCUCAUUCCCUUCGACGGGGAUCUCUUAUCCAUGGAGUCAGAGGGAGCCUUCAAAGAGUGCUACCUGGAGAGCGACCAGACCAGCCUCUACCAUGCGGCCAAGGGGCUGAUGACCCUGCAGGCUCUGUACGGGACCAUCCCCCAGAUCUUCGGGAAAGGAGAGUGCGCCCGGCAAGUGGCCAAUAUGAUGAUCAGGAUGAAGAGAGAGUUCACAGGAAGCCAGAAUUCCGUAUUUCCUGUUUUUGAUAAUCUCUUACUGCUCGAUCGAAAUGUGGACUUGUUAACACCCCUUGCCACUCAGCUUACAUAUGAAGGACUCAUUGAUGAAAUUUAUGGUAUUCAGAACAGUUACGUGAAGUUACCUCCAGAGAAAUUCGCGCCCAAGAAACAGGGCGAUGGCGGUAAGGAUCUUCCCACGGAAGCCAAGAAGCUUCAGCUGAACUCUGCGGAGGAGCUGUACGCCGAGAUCCGAGACAAGAACUUCAACGCCGUGGGCUCCGUGCUUAGCAAGAAAGCCAAGGUGAUCUCGGCUGCGUUUGAGGAGAGGCACAACGCCAAGACGGUGGGGGAGAUCAAGCAGUUCGUCUCCCAGCUGCCCCACAUGCAGGCCGCCAGAGGCUCGCUGGCGAACCACACCUCAAUCGCAGAGCUGAUCAAAGAUGUCACUACUUCUGAAGACUUCUUUGAUAAGUUGACAGUGGAGCAGGAGUUUAUGUCUGGAAUAGACACCGAUAAGGUCAAUGGUUACAUUGAGGACUGUAUUGCCCAGAAGCAUUCACUGAUCAAGGUGUUAAGACUUGUUUGCCUCCAGUCGGUGUGCAAUAGUGGACUCAAACAAAAGGUUCUGGAUUAUUACAAAAGAGAAAUUCUCCAGACGUACGGCUAUGAGCACAUUUUGACCUUACACAACCUGGAGAAGGCUGGCCUCCUGAAACCGCAGAUGGGGGGCAGGAACAAUUACCCGACAAUCCGGAAAACCCUACGCCUCUGGAUGGAUGACGUCAACGAACAAAAAGGUUCUGUGACUAUACAAACACUUUCACGUAGAUGAUGCACACCAGUGAUCUCCGAAGCAGGUGCACUUUGUUUUGCAUGUAUGGUUGAUUCCACUCUUCCUAAACUUCUUUCUCUUAUAUUCUCUCUUGGUGUUUCAUUAGGCUGCCUCUUGCAACAAAAACUAGUAAUUAGACUGUCUCCUCUAUCUGCAGCAAAAUUGGAUUAUUUUUCCCCAUUUGCAAUAUAGAGACUUAAUUUCUGUGUUGUACAAUGUAAAUGAUACUUUAGUUUGGCUCUCUUCACCGUUCUGACCUGCUGCUCCCACCCCCCUCAUCGUGUCCACUGUCUCUUGAAGGUCAUCCUGUGAUCUGCCUCUUUAUUUAUUUUUCUGUUUUUGCUUACAUUUUAAUUAGAAUCAAUGUUUCAGGGCUUACAUUUAAAUAAAGGUUUAUUUCUAUAACAACAAUUAUAAUAGUUAUAAUAACUUGCAAUAAUUAGAAAUAAGCAUUUCUUGAUGUCUCUGAGAGGCAAAAAAGUACCCUGAUAAAAUAAUAUCUGUAAAUUCAUAACAAAACUAAAUCAAAAUCCACCCCUUACCACAUCCUAACAUAUUUCACUAGAAUUAAAUACAGUAUGUCUUUUAUCACGUGAAACAGACAUUAAAAAUACAGUAACCAUUUGUGAAGAGAAGCGGCAAACAGCGUUUCUCAGGAGAGCCUAAGACUAAGGCUAUUCAUCAUUGCGGAAUGAUUUAUAAGCUAAUCUGCAUCAAGGCAAAAUAAUAACUAGAUUUCUUUGAGGUCCUGCGAUGGUACAAUUUUGUGUUCAGUGAGUCACAUAAUGAGAAGAGGGAAUCAGUAAAUAAGAAAAGAAACUCUUUAUGGGAUAUAGUUUCAUGGUUUGAGUCUAGAGGAGAAACCCUGGGAAAACAAACGAGAUAUAAGCCAACUUUCCAGCUCAUGUAUUGACACAAAAUCCUUCACUAAGCAAAGGAACACAAGGGCAGCAUGGGGAUGGGAAGUUGGUUGUUACAUUUCUAGAGGUUGCAGCCACAGCUUUCGGGACAAGAACCAUUUCUGACGGCAGAGGUAAGAACAGAGAUAAACCCACACUUAAAACCUGUAGUUACUAUUGAAGCAGAGAGUCAUGGUCAAAGUGAACUCCCCUUCUAAUAGAAAGGUAGAACAACCCCCAAAGUCCAACAUGGCAUUCUUAAAUAAGGCCCUGUGUUUUAAAGAUACUCCUUUGCUUAACAAGGAGAAAGAAAAAAACAUAAUUUUAUAACUUAGCCAGAAAAAUUCAUACAAGAUACACGCUUUAUGUCCAUGGGUUUCUGAAAUCAUAUGUUUUUUAAAAAUCUUGACCUUAAUCAAAUUUACCCGCACAAUAUACUAGUAUUUACUAUUAAACCAACCAAAUUGCCACCAUAAUUGCUCUCAAAAGAUAUGUAUCUUUUAAUAUAUAUUUUUUUAUUUCAGAGAAGAAGGGAAAGGGAGAUAGAAAUAUCAAUGAUGAGAAAGAAUCAUUGAUUGGCUGCCUCCUGCACACCCCCAAAGGGGAUCCAGCCCGCAAGCCUGCAACCCGGGCAUGUGCCCUGACCAGGAAUCGAACCGUGACCUCCUGGUUCAUAGGUUGACGCUCAACCCCUGAGCCACAACAGCCAGCCGGCCUUGUUUUUUUAAAGUUCUUUGCAAUUGUUAUGAGGUGGUUCUACAUAUAUGCCAUCUUUAUAAUUUAACAGGUUUCUAUUGCUAGUAAUUCAGGUGUUCCCAGUCUUUUCCUGGUACAGAUGGUGUUGCAGUUACUGUUGGUGCUUUGGUCUGGUCUCCCCUGGUGUGCCAGCCCCUCUGCAGGAUAAAUGCCUAAAAGUAGAAUUUCUGGGUUCAAAGAUUAUGCACAUUGUUACCCAGCUAGAGUGCCAAGUUACCCUCCAAAAAGUUUCUUGCCAAAUGAAGUAACAGUUUUCAU